AUGAAUCAUUUCACCUUAAAGUUUCAUGACCCAAAAUUAGAACGUAAAUAUCAAGAAAAUUACUCUAAUGAACUAUAUGAUGCCUUUAAAUACACAAUGGUCUUACUCUCAUUAUCAAAUGUAAUUUUAAGCAUGUUUUGGAUUUAAAGGUAAUAAUUUGCUCUUGGAUGCAUGAUGAUAAUCAUCUGUUGUGGAUAAACAAUUGUAUUUUACUACAUACUAAUUAAAAAGCGAUUCAUUACUUUAGUAGGUUAUCUAAUAUCCAUCCUUAGUUUACUAUCAUCAUUUUAUCAAAUAAUGCCUUACUUUUAUACAGAAUUUUCUGAAACAGAAUUCAUAUGGAUUUUUGAUAUAUCCUAGUUUAUGGCAUUAAAUUUUGCAUUAAGCCCUAAUUUUAUACUAAAUCAGUUUCUUUAGUUUUUAUUUGUUUCAUCUCGAUUAUUUAUGAGGAACUUUGCUGCAAUAAAUCCAUUUUCCUUUAUUCUCAUAAUGUAUUUGAUACUAUUUUGGUAAAAAGAGUAUUUUAGAUAAAAGCAUAAUAGAAAUUAGUUUUUCUUAAAAGAACAGUAAAAAUAAUCCUUGUUUUUAUGGGAUAAUUUAAUUGAAGAAAAAAUAGUGUUGUUAUCUUAUGAUGAGACUUGGGAUAAAGUUGAACUUGUAUUUGCAAAUUAAUCAAUCAGAUAAAUAAUAGAUUUAGAUUCUAAAGAGUUUUUAAAAGAUUUUAGGAUUUCCAAUUUAAAAAUAGAUUUUUAUCAAUAUUUAUUAGAGCGAAUUCAUGAUAAGACCUAUCAAUUUUAAGUAAAAGUAAUACAUAAUACAAAAAAAAAAUAUGUAAUAGAUUGCAUAAUGAAUAAACUAGUAGAAUUGAAUAUAUCCUUAAAAUUUUCUGAGCUUUAAUCAGAAAAAGAUUAUUAAAAUAAUUAUUCAUAUCUCAAACUGUUAAAGAAAAUUAAAAUGAUAGACAAAUAACUAUACUAUAAAGAAAUUCAAAAGCAUAUCAUUUAAUAAUCAUACUACUUUAAAAGUGUAACAAUAGAUUAAGUUGAAUAACUAACUCUCAUUAAAUUAAGGGCUUUUAUGAAUUUUAUAAUCAAGAGUAAUCCUUCUAAAAUCUUAUUUGAUUUGCAUCAAUUUAAUACAAUAUUACCUCUCGUCUUUACUCUGCUUAGUUGUUUAAAAAAAUUAUAUAAGUUUUAAGAAAUUCAAUUCGUUGAACUAAACUAAAAUGAAGCCAAUUUAAUCAUAAUUGGAAAAAUAAAAAGGAUUCCUUAAAUGAGGGCAGAAGUUUGUAAAAAAAUAAUUAAUCAUAUUGUGGAUUAGAUUGGGUUAUAUGAAAGUGUUUUUUAUAUAACUUAAUUUAAAUGUACUUUAGUAAAUAUGUAAUUUAAAAUCGAAUCAAUUCCUUAGUAAAAUUAUUAUCUAAAUUUUAUAAUAGCUCUCUUGA